GCUUCCCGGGCCAGUCUGGGUUCAAAGCAGCCCCUGCGCGGCUCCAGAAGCCGCCCCCUCCUCCAACGCAGGGCAGCCCCCGCCGGGAGGGACUCAAAGAAGUUUCUGCUGAUUGGAGGGAGGGCGAGGAGGCCGGGAGAAGGGGCGUGGGGGUGUGUGUCCCACUGUCAUGUAAAUAUCCCCCGCGGGCAGGGCGGCUGCGAGGCCGGCUUCCACCUCCCGCACCUGAGGUCGCUCCAGCCCCUGCCACUCUCUUCCUCCUCUGCGCGCCGAGGCUCGGGCCGCCGGCUUCCCCUCGCCACUUCCCUGGUGCCAUGGCCCCGAAACGGCAAUCUGCGCUCCUGCCUCAGUCCAAGAAACCCAAGUCGGUUCCCGCCGCCAAGCUGGAGGACAAGUCGGCCUCUCUCGGCCUGCCUAAGGGAGAAAAAGAACAGCAAGAAGCAAUUGAACACAUUGACGAAGUACAAAAUGAAAUAGACAGACUUAAUGAACAAGCCAGUGAGGAAAUUUUGAAAGUAGAACAAAAAUAUAACAAACUCCGCCAGCCAUUUUUUCAGAAGAGGUCAGAAUUGAUCGCCAAAAUCCCAAAUUUUUGGGUAACAACAUUUGUCAACCAUCCACAAGUGUCUGCACUGCUUGGGGAGGAAGACGAAGAGGCUCUGCAUUACUUAACCAGAGUUGAAGUGACAGAAUUUGAAGACAUUAAAUCAGGUUACAGAAUAGAUUUUUAUUUUGAUGAAAAUCCUUACUUUGAAAAUAAAGUUCUCUCCAAAGAAUUUCAUCUGAAUGAGAGUGGUGAUCCAUCAUCAAAGUCCACUGAAAUCAAAUGGAAAUCUGGAAAGGAUUUGACAAAACGCUCAAGUCAAACACAGAAUAAGGCCAGUAGGAAGAGGCAGCACGAAGAGCCAGAGAGCUUCUUUACCUGGUUUACUGACCAUUCUGACGCGGGUGCAGAUGAGUUAGGAGAGGUCAUCAAAGAUGAUAUUUGGCCAAACCCCUUGCAGUACUAUUUGGUUCCUGAUAUGGAUGAUGAAGAAGGAGAGGCAGAAGAUGAUGACGAUGAUGAUGAAGAAGAAGAAGGCUUGGAAGAUAUCGAUGAAGAAGGGGAUGAAGAUGAAGGUGAAGAAGAUGAAGAUGAUGAUGAAGGGGAAGAAGGAGAGGAGGAUGAAGGCGAGGAUGACUAGCACAGAAGACUGAUGGAUUCCAACCCUCUUUUUUUAUUUUCUUUUAUUUUUAAUUUUCUCCAGUCCCUGGGAGCAAGUUGUGGUCAUUUCCCUCCCCUCCCUUCCCCGAUCCCUCUUGUGCUCAGUCGCCCUGUUUUUGAGGUCUCUUCUCAACACCAUGGUUCUCAACUUACUUGGGGGGAAAUACCUUGAGCAAAAUACAACGAGAAAAGAAUCUCCACUCUUCUGUUCUAGAUUCAUUUUUAUCCUUGUCUCAGACUAUGGUUUCAACACCACCAACGUGCUCUGUGGGGGAAAAAAGAGAAGUCCUCUGGCUCCCUGGGCUCUGCUGGAGGCUAGGGGUGCUAGGCCCCUGUGUAGUAGUGCAUAGAAUUCUAGCUUUUUUCCUUUCUCUGUAUAUUGGGCUCAGAGAUUACACUGUGUCUCUAUGUGAAUACAGACAGUUAGCAUUUACCAACAUGUAUCUGUCUACUUUCUCUUGUUUAAUAAAAACAAAAAAAAAAGAAAAAAAGGGGGGUAUAGAAGGUCAGCAAGGGUGGGUUUGAGGUGUCUGGGGGGGUAAGUGGGCAUUGUGACAACAUGGCUUCUCCUUUGGCAUGUUUAAUUGUGAUGUUUAACAGACAUCCUUGCAGUUUAAGGUGACACUUUUAAAAUAAAAUUCUCUCCUAACGAUGACUUGAGCCCUGCCACUCAAUGGGAGAAUCAACAGAACCUGUAGGGUUUUAUUUGGAAUUGACAUUCUCUGUUGUAACUUUUAAUUUUUUUUAUUUUUUAUUUUUUUGGUUUUCACUGGAAGGAAAAAGAUGCUCAUUUUUAAAUGUUGAAGUGUACAAGUUGCUUUGUUACAAUAAAACCAAUGUGUACACAAAGAACCGGAUGCUUUUCUGUCAGGGCAGAUGCUCAGUAUGACCUUCCAAGUUUGACCUGCAUAAUGACAUGUCAAACUGUCUCCCUAACUUGGUAAUUUUUUGAUACGCACUUUGCAGGAUGACCUCAGGGCUAUGCAGACUAAGUUAAAGGGAUUUGAACCAUGUCUUAAUGUCCAAAACUGAGUGAUUGGGUACAGUUUGCUGCCAUGGACUUGGACCCUUGAUUUUUAUCUCAAUUUGGCAUUUUUUAAAAUGGGCCAUUAGUUGCCUGGAUAUUAUGUACAAAGGACAGCUGCAUGUCAGCAUUGGCAGUGUGAACUGGCCAAGAAAGUGGGCUGUCAGAGUAUGCAGUCCAUGGGGUGGUCAGGAGUGCUCUGUCCCAGGCAUGCAGCAGAAGCUCUCAGAUGUGACUGCAUCUGGGUGGAUAAAGAGCUUCAGUCUGCUCAACGCCAUUGUGCAGAGAAUAAUAUUCUGGAAAGCUACCUGAUGCAUAAGCUUUUUAAUGUAAAAUAGAGCUUAAUUAAAUGCCACUUUUUCAGAGAUGAUUAAUGGACAGCCUGGUCAAAUUCAAAAGUUUUUUGAUGUAUAAAACUUUAUAAAUGGAACUAUCCCAUCAAUAGGCAAAGUGUAACUGAAAUCUGUCUAGAUGGAUAGUGUGUUAUUUCUGCACAGGACUCUGUUUAGUAAAUACAUCACUGUGUACGUCAGGAAUCUUGCUCCAAUAAAGGAACAUAAAGAUUU